GAGCGUUUUUAUUGAACUUGUGCACAUGUUUAGGCAUGCAGUUGUAUCGUGCAUUGCAUUGGAGCUGCUCUCUAGGAAGUGUGUAAAGCACAAACGAACAUAUAAACGAACCAAUAGUGAGCAAAAGGAAUAUACGUUCAAUUCAUCUUUCAAGAGCUCAUGACGCGCGUCAAGCUGAUGUGCUAACAAUGACUUGCAGCAAAUGGAUCAUAUAGCGAUUGUUGUUGUUGUAUCGUGCAAACCUGAAAUUGGGUGUGGUCGCCGAAAAUUCAAAUAAAACCAAAGUCUUCUCGGUGGCAGCGUUCGUUUCAAAUUGAGCCAAAAGAUUAAAAUUAGUUCCGCGAUAAGCGUGUCCAAAAAUAUCGAGCGAUCUGCGCAGUGGCAAUCGCGUUUUUUUUUCAUUAUGUUAUAUAUGUCGUACACACAUGUAUUCGUACGUAGCUGUGGGUGGUUUGGUGUGCUGUUAGGGGACGAGAUUCUGAAUUUAUCAGCAGUGGGGGAAGAAACUACUUGACCCAACCAGCGUGUUAGAUAGCUUCGCACCAGUACAGAAGCGUUGAAAGAUAAAUGCGUUGGAUGUGGUUGUGUGUUGGUGUGGUUGAAGCUGAUGCCCAUUAAUGGUUUCUCCGACGCUCUGCGUUGAAUAGAGAAUAUCGGAGCGUUCAGUUGGUUCCUGCCGGCGGUCGGGAGCAGAUCGUAUUGUGCUACUAAACUUCAUCGCGUCCAGGCAACAAUCUGUGCGCCAUGGGUUACGUCAGUGUUGUGUUAUUUCUGGUGGUCCCCGCGCUCACCCUGCUUUACAUCUACUUGAAGCAGCACUACCGUCAUUGGGCAAAUCGGAACCUACCCCAGCUGGAAGCGUCCUUCCCGCUGGGCAACAUGAAGGGCGUUGGGUCCGAGAUUCACUUCAACGAUGUGCUGAACGAAGCGUACGCCAAAGGUAAAGCACAGUCGGCCCCGCUCGUCGGGCUGUACUUUAUGCUCAAGCCCAUACUGAUCGUAACCGAGCUGGACAUGGUGAAGCGCAUACUGGUGAAAGACUUUAGCAGCUUCCACGACCGUGGCCUGUACGUGAACGAGCGGGACGACCCCCUGUCCGGGCAUCUGUUUGCGCUGGACGGUGAGCGGUGGCGCUACCUGCGCAACAAGCUCAGCCCCACGUUCACGUCCGGCAAGAUUAAGCUGAUGUUCAACACGAUUUGCGAGAUCGGUGACGAGUUUCUGGCCACGGUGAAUCGGUUCGUCGAGCGGGAUGAGCCGUUGGAUGUGAAGCUGCUGUCACAGUGCUUCACCUGCGACGUGGUAGGCUCGUGCGCGUUCGGACUGCAGUGCAACUCGCUCAAAAACGGAGGCUCCAAGCUGCUCGAGAUCGGCGACAAGGUGUUUAAACCUCCCGCGUGGCGAAAUAUGCUGGUGUUUGCGCUCAUCUCGUUUAAGAAGCUGGCGAAACGAUUGCGCCUACCCGUGCUACCGGGCGAGGUGACGUCAUUCUUUAUGCCGCUUGUCACCGAGACGGUGGCGGAUCGGGAACGGAACUCGAUCGAACGGCCCGAUUUUCUCAAUCUGCUGAUACAGCUCAAGAACAAAGGUACGGUGGAGGACGAAACAACGGAGGGACUGCAAAAGCUGACGCUCGACGAGGUGGCAGCGCAGGCGUUCGUGUUCUUCUUCGCCGGGUUCGAAACGUCCUCGACAACGCUCUCGUUCGCACUGUUCGAGUUGGCCAACAAUCCCGACAUUCAGCAGCGAGUGCGGACGGAGGUGCUGGAAAAGCUUCAACUCCACGACGGCAAGAUAACGUACGACGCACUGAAAGAGAUGACGUACCUCGAUCAGGUCAUCAAUGAGACACUUCGUAUGUAUCCGCCAGUUCCGCAGCUGAUACGCGUCACCACUCAACCGUACCAGGUGGAGGGAGCGAACGUAACGCUCGAGCCCGACACGAUGCUGAUGAUACCGAUCUACGCGAUACAUCACGAUGCCAGCAUCUACCCCGACCCGGAACGCUUCGAUCCGGAUCGGUUUGCACUGGCCGCGACGCACGCAAGGCACACUCACGCGUUCCUGCCGUUCGGCGAUGGGCCGCGGAAUUGCAUCGGCAUGCGCUUUGGGCUGCUGGAGGUGAAGUUUGGCAUCGUGCAGAUGGUGAGCAAGCUGCGGUUCACCGUCAGCGAGCGUAUGCAGAUGCCGCUCCGGAUGUCAAAAACGGCCUCCAUACUGGAGGCGGAAGGAGGCAUUUGGCUUAACGCAGCGAAACUGUAAAGCUGUGCCAAGCUGUGCUGACCUAUCGCGUCGGUCAAUGUUUGAUAUCUGAUCGGAAUGACAUGUCUAUUUGGAGUCAGGGUUUCGCUUUGCCAAACAACUGUGGCCAUAUUUUGCUUACUCUUUUAGGUUACUUACUGCUGCAAUGAUCCCGUCAAUAUUAGACUGUUUGCAACCGAAGUAAAAAAUAAGAAAACUGAUAAAACUUCAUGGAAAUGAACAGGAAUUACUAAUCGACAUAAAAGUGCAAUGCUACGAAGCGAAGACAAUUUCACAAUUAAGGUGCAAUGUACGAUGCAUAUGGACAUAUGAUCGCAAUAAACAACCUAAUCCAUUACCAGUACGCUACGUUUGCGUGUGCUUAAGCAA